AUGAAUCUGCUGGUAUGCGGUCGCUUCUCCACAUCCAUCGUGUCCUAUCCCCCUCGCCCGCGGGAAAGGACAACGACACCUACCACUCUCAGUCAUGCCGGAACACGGAGAAUUGAAGUGGUAAAGGUCCUGGAUGCUUCAUGCAUUCAGUUGACACUGUCGGUCAGCGAUAACCACAUCGCUGAUUGGCAAAGCUUGCGAGACGGACCUCUGAUCCGUCUGCAAGACUGA